ACUACUUUCGACAGGCACAACGAGCAUCACUGCCUACCCAAAAUCUAACUCAACUCUGGCCUAAAAAUGAGCCCGCCUCUGUCUCUUUCAAUACUGGGGGUGGAGCCACUCGACGAAUUCAUCAGAGAAAUCGCGGACUUCAUUCACUACCACAUCAUGAAUUGCCCGCCAGAUCUUCAAGGCAAAAUCGAGGUUGAGGCGAAAGUGGGCCUUCUACGGGAUCGGAAUACGAAUUCUCGUUUAAUGCUCCCAAUACUUACGGAAACCAUCCUUGCGCCAGAUGGUCUGGAUAUACGCUUCGAAUCUAACAUGAGCUCACAUCAGCACCGACAUUUCAAUACGCGUCUGAAUGAGCUCAAGAUGGCUUCUUCACAGUCCUCGUUCCCCUCCACGCCACUGGAAUACAACCACCUCCAUCUCAUCGACUCAUUCUACGCGUCGUCAGAAAACCCGAAAGACAAGGAGAAAAUACGCGUGACGCGGGAUGAAAAGACGGGAAAUGUUCUCGAAUGCAUGCGGAAGGUGCGCCUGGGGGACUUGAACAUCUACAAUCCAAAGCGUCACGCCGAUUGGCGUGUCAGCGUGAACGUCGAAAUUCCUGUGCAGCAUCCCGUCGGUUCGGUUUCACACACACGGAAAAAGGACCGCCUGAGCUACACACACCAAGAAUUCAUCAUUGAUCUCACUCAGGUUACCGCGUCGUACGCCAACGGCCCAUCUGAAAUUCUGCAUGAGCUGGAGCUGGAGAUCGCCCGACCCGCCUUCCUUCUCGCAAUUGCGAACAAACGAGCAGACACUAAUGCCUCCGAAACAGAGCGGGCAGCCUUCGAUGAAUUGAUACGAGCCUUUGUCAAUAACGCACGCAUUCUCGUGAAGAAUGCGACAGAGAAUUGGUAAUCUGGAUAUACAGUCUGUACAUACUUGUCAUUUUUUCAUCCGUUUCUUGAAGCGUUCCAUGACCUGCAAAGACACGUGAGGACGGGUAUACGGCGGAGAGAUUUCAUACCAUUUCGUCUGUGGCCAUCUGAGUUGAGUCGUUGGUUCGCCGUGGAUGUUCGACCGGUACGGCAAGCCCCAUCGCUUCCAAUUUGGCGUCUCUGAGGAUGUCCGAAUCAGAUUUGGUCUUCAGGUUGGGUCGGUAGACUAGAACGAAUGGGUGAAUAAGAUUCGCGUCGAAACGUCAAUACACACAUCGCGUCGCAACGAGAUGCUCCUCGUCAUUAGGAACCCUGCGUGCGUCGGGCCUGUCGGCCACGGCCCGUUUCGCUCUCUCAGUGUCUUCGAUGUUCUUCAGUCGCGUACUGAACGACCCAGUCAGUUUGAGAAAGGAUUGACAAAGAGGACGGUGUACUCCAUGCCUAGGUCAACCUCUGGGAUAGCAGUAAGCAUCCCGAGACUGUUUGUGACACUACCGUCGUCGGUGGGUUUCUGCUUGUCCAACUUCCACCGGUCGGUGAUUUGAUACAGCGCAUCCUCCGGAUCGGCAGGCACUGGUUUGGACUCGGAUUCGUCUCGUGGUUUGCCCCGAACCGUCAGGUUCUUCUCGAUGUAUUCCAUCCUGGGGGCAAGUCAAAAUGCAGGCGCGAUGCAAAGGCAAUGGGCGGACAUAUGCUUGUCAACAUCGAGCGCGUUCGUUUGUUGCGUGAAGUUGCUGGUGCGGACCGCCCUUCUAGCGCGCGUGUCUUCGUCGCUAGCACGGUGAAUCGCCUGGGCUAUGUGAUCAGGCAGGUACUCACACAUCUUCCUCGUCCAUUCGGCGAAGCCCUGCUACUGGUUUUUCUUCAUCAUCCUCUGCAAUCCUUCUCUUCCUCUUGGUGUCACCCUUUCCCAGCUUGGCGGAAUCUAUUCCCUGGCGCGCUUGGCGGAGCUUGCGGAUUUCGAGCAGGUCAGAGAUAUUGGGACUGGUGGGUGGAAGUGAGGCUCGUGAAAGCAAGGAAUCAGCCGUCACCCACGAUUCGCCGUCCUCUUUAUCCUCUUUGUCAGAUUCUGGCUCAUUGUCUGUCGUUCUGGCGCGAACGCUGGUGGAAGGGCGAGUGCGUUUCUUGAUCAUUGUGCAUCGCCACCGGCGAGAAACGCGCUGAUUGACACCCACACUACCAUCAAGUAUUACCCAGUCCGAGGUUUUCAAUCUAUGAGUACAGAGGUUCUAGAAUAGGUCCCAACUCGUAACUGAUGGUGUUAUACAUAGGAGCAAUAUCGGCUCUCAAGGCUCGUCUGCGAUCUUUUCGAGUCGGGCCCAUUCUAACAGGACAAGAGCGAAGUAGCAGUCGUUCUGGGCGUCGCUGAUGACAGUCUCUGUGAACAACUUCCCGGACUCCUGGAUCCGGCGUGCCUCGUUCUGGUUGUUCAUAGCCCAGCGGACCUUCUCCAUUAGAUCUGAAAGGUCAGGUCGCACCGGGAUGUAGUGUUCGUAGGGGCGAAGCCAGUGGUUGAAGUACUCAUCAAAUGCGGUCGACUGAAGGACGUUUGAAAACGUCCACAAUCACUAGAGUAGCUGACAUACCUUGAAGACGAGGGACCCAGACUUGAGAAGCCCAAGAAACCUCCCGCUGAACCUGCGCAUGCGUGUCAGCUCGCGAACGCGCCAAUCAAUGUUCUCUUUAGGGUCCGCCGGCGGACCGAUGUUGUAUUCGGCAAUGAUUCCGCUCCGAUCGCAGUUCGUGGUACAGUGGGUUUCAGCGAAUUGGGUCAUUCGAACAUCGAGAAUGUCCGA